AUGGCCGACGGACGCUCGGAAUUGGUUGACUGCAGCUGUGGGAGGGAAGUCGGGGCGCAGCGCAAGCGUCCCCACAAGCCCAACCAUCGCGGUGGUCUCCAUGCAGUACUGACCCCUGCCAGACUCAUGCGCUUGAGAACAGGGUUGUCGACUCGCGGAAGUGUCUUAGGGCAGCGGCAGAGCAUAAGUUAUGCACUAAAAUUGGUCGCCAAAUGCAAGGCCUGGUGUGGCUGCAUGAGCUGCACAGGCGAAAUGAAGACGCGCACAGCCGGCACAACUUGUGCAGCCAUUGGCUUGUUGGCCACAGCGGCUGGAGGAAAUCAUCGCGAAGUAACAGAGCUGAGGUAUGAGCCCCGCUGCCGGAAGGGCCGCUGCGAUGGCGAGGCCAUGAGUGGUGGUGGGCACCGUCGUGGUGAUGCGAGACCUUGUGCUUCGUCCGACGACAGAGGCCCGUUGGCCGCAACGUUGGCUUCACGCCUCCCAUUUGCCAUUCAGCCGUAUAAUCCGCCGGGGUUAGAUCAGCCUAUCCGCCCAAUCGAUAGUGAUAACUCGCCGUUGGCCAGGACCCUGUUCCAACAUGGCCGCCGGGAGCUGUGUGGAGUGACGGGCGCUGCUGACGUCUUUGGCUCUGGGUGGUGGUUUCGAAACAUUGCAGCUCACCACACAGCACGCGUCCCUCCACCAGGAUGUGAACAUGACGACGCCGCGGCUCUCCGUCACACGAGCGCAGCGUUUCGACGCCGAAUCGCACGCCUCCGCCGCGGUGCCACCACGGGCUGUCACCAAAGGCUACGCGAGUCUUACAGAGCUGCAGCCGCCUGCGAGCAGCACGGCGCGUUGUUUACCGUCCGAAAGCAGGACGCGUGCGGUAGUGCACCACCAAGACGACUCAAAGAUGCAGGAACAUGGUCGUGCUGCAUGCAGGUCGUCGCCCGUUACAGCUGA